AUGAUUCAGAGUGAAGAUUCGGAUGCUUUCGAGGUGCAGGACGAGCAACUUGACGGGGACGAUGACGAUGGCUCUGCUUUGGACGACUAUUCGAGCUCUGAGAGGUGGAGUGAUGACGACAUGAUGGGAAGCUAUGAAGAUGAAGAAGACGAGGGAGACUCCGACAUCCAGGACGAGUAUUUAUCACGUCGAAAUUUGGAGAAGGCACGAAUGGAGCGAUUACGCCGGGAGAAGGAAGAACGUGAAAGACUUAAGCAGAUGGAAGCUGAACAAAGUCGCAAAACAAAUGGUACCUCCAAAAAGGGAAGACCUCGUGAACCUCGUUGUGGCACAGGAGGAAACAGUAGGUUUAUUGUGUUGUAA